AUGGCAAACAUCCACACAUUCCUCAGGAGCGACCCGAAGCUGAUGCCAGUCAACGAAACGGAGAUCCAGUUCUUCAAUAAACUCAAGUUAUAUCACAGUUUGGUUAAGGCUUACGAGGACUUCCGACUACAAGAGAUGGCCAGAGGUCUGGUGCCGUGGAAGCAGAUGACCAUCACUGCCAUCAAUAAGAUGUUGAAAAUAAGGCAAACGCUCAAAAACAGUGGCCAAGACUGCGGAACCGAUAGCAAAGACAUUCUUCUGAUUGAUUUGCUCGAGUGGUAUAAGAAUGAGUUCUUUGAGUGGUUUGAUUGUGCCGUUUGUGACAAAUGCAACAAAAAGACAACGAAUCCGCAGAACGUGAGCCCAAACGAAGACGAGAUGAGAUGGAGUGCAAUGACAGUGGAGUUGUACUCGUGUGCCGACUGCGGACGAGAGUAUCGGUUCCCGCGGUAUAACAGCGCUGAGAAGUUGUUGACGACUCGGAGGGGACGGUGCGGAGAGUGGGCCAACUGUUUCACUCUGUUGUGUCGGGCAAUGAACUUCUCGGCGCGACUGGUGGUCGACUGGACUGAUCACGUGUGGACUGAGGUGUACAGCGACGCACAGAAACGAUGGCUUCAUUGCGAUCCCUGCGAAGGCAUCUGCGACUCCCCUCUCGUGUAUGAGUGCGGAUGGGCUAAGAAGUUGACGUUUUGUAUCGCAUUCGCCGUCAAUGAGGUGCAGGACGUCAGCUGGAGGUACAGCAAAGACCACCCGGCGCUCAGACAACGCAGGGCUCUCAUGUGUCGAGAGGAAUGGGUGGCCAACGUGUUGGACAAAAUGACCGCUAAUUUGUGGCUCGCAUUCAGUCCGGAAUUGAAGGAACAGUUAAAACUGAGGCGACUUCUGGAGUUCGUUGAGUUCCUCAGAGUUCCGAACCAGAGUUCGUCCGUCAAAGACGAUGAGCACAAAGGCAGGCAAUCGGGGUCUCAGGCCUGGCGUUUGGCCCGACAGGAGAUCUCAGAUCAAGAGCUGACCAAUCAUUAUGUGUUUGAAUUGAGUGAUAAUAAUGUGAAUCCAACGCUCAUUACGUACAACAGUGCCGCCGAUGAGUACAGAUUUAACUCAAAGAUACUGAAGUCAUGGAAAAACUGUGUCUUUGAGAGCGAGAAUAUAAUGAGAAAAGUAGAGAAAGACUGGAAAAUGUCUUAUUUAUCACGCAAUGAGUCCAAUGCCAUCCAAACCGGAAGAAUCAAAUGGAAACUCAAUUUGAAGAGUGAUGUGAAAUGGAGUGAAAUGCGGAUCACUAUUAAGUGCAAAGUGUUUGAGAAUGGAUUCAUUCGUCUAUACGUGUACUCGACUGAAGACAAUCGGUUGGAGAUGAAGCCAAACACUGAGAAUAUCUUUAAAAGAAGUGAAGUUCCUCUGACGGGUGAUAUCAUAAUCGAAGCCAUUCUGGAUGGCGGCACCGGUAGCACGGGUUGGCAACACUCGCAACUGUUCCGACAGUCGCUUUCCGAUGAGUCGGAA